UUCUCUAAAUUUAACAUCCAAACCAAUAAUUUUUAUGGUGGUAUUUUAGUUCACUUAAAAAUCAAAUUUCUAUCUUAAAUUUUGAGCCAAACACAGGACGCAUCUGAAAUUAAGAAAGCUGAGGAUUCUAUGAAGAGUUUGGUUAGAAAAGCAACUGUAGAGACGAAGACAUUUUGGGCAGUGGAUGAGUUUGAUUGGGUUGAGAAUGAGAAAAGAUAUGGUUGGGUGCAGUGUGACAGAGGUACUAAAAAUGAUCAGUGUGGUGAGUGCUUGCAUGCAUUGUUAGACAUAUUUCCACAGUGUUGUUCCACAAAUGUACAGUGGGCAAUUUUUGGUCCAAGCUGUGGCAUGAGGAUGGAUGAUCAGAAAUUCUACCAGAGUUCAGGCAAUGAAGGUACUAGUAAGUCAAGAAAGUUGAUCAUUUCCUUUAGUGUGUCGGGGUUUGUAGCUCUACUAUGCUUCGGUGUCUACUGCUUCUGGUACAGGAAAAGAGUCAGAAAAGAUAAGAUGAUAUUUGAAGAGGAAACAUUGAAUGGAGAUCUGCCUUCUCUCCCAUUAAUCGCAGUUCUACAUAGUACUAAUAACUUUUCUGAAGCAUCUAAAUUAGGGGAAGGUGGAUUUGGCCCUGUUUACAAGGGAAUUCUACCAGAUGGAAGACAAAUUGCAGUGAAAAGGCUCUCACAAUUUUCUGGUCAGGGCUCACAGGAGUUCAGGAAUGAAGUAAUGUUUAUAGCUAAAUUGCAACAUCGUAACCUUGUGAGACUUUUGGGGUGCUGCUUGGAGCAAAAUGAGAAGAUACUUAUAUAUGAGUAUAUGUGUAAUGCGAGCCUCGACUUUCACCUCUUUGGUGAUGAUGAGAAGAGAAAACAACUUGAUUGGAAACUAAGAUUAAACAUUGUCAAUGGAAUAGCGAAAGGUAUUUUAUAUCUUCAUGAGGAUUCUCGUCUCAAAGUGAUUCAUAGAGAUCUCAAAGCUAGCAAUGUUCUAUUAGACAGUGAGAUGAAUCCCAAGAUAUCAGAUUUUGGAUUGGCCAGGGCCUUUGAAAUAGGACAGAACCAAGCAAAGACUAAACGAGUAGUGGGCACCUAUGGAUACAUGGCGCCAGAGUAUGCUAUGGAAGGAUUAUUUUCUGUGAAAUCAGAUGUAUUCAGCUUUGGAGUUAUUGUGCUAGAAAUCAUUUGUGGAAGAAAGAACAGUGGAUUCCAUCUAUCAGAACAUGGUCAAAGUCUUCUUUUAUAUGCUUGGAACAUAUGGUGUGCAGGAAAAUAUUUGGAAUUGAUGGAUCCAACACUGAUGAAAUCCUUCAUAGCCAGUGAAGUUGUGAAGUGCUUACACAUUGGUUUGCUGUGUGUUCAACAAGAUUUAGCAGAUAGACCAACCAUGUCUACGGUUGUUCUAAUGCUAGGAAGUGACACAAUGGUCCUUCCAAAACCCAACCACCCUGCAUUUUCUGUUGGAAAAUUGACCUCUAAAGAAGCAUCAACUUUAAGAAGUUCCAACAAUCUUUCUAUUAAUGAUGUAACAUUCUCAAGCGUUUUAGCAAGAUAAUAGGGAGUGUUUUCCGUUAUUGAGGAGUAUGUAUUCAUUCCUUUUAAAACCAUAACAUUAAUA